AGUAUAAAAGCAUGCGUCUAUUAUUUUGGAACAAUUCUUACGAACGAUCUCAUAUGAGACACAAGUAUACUUAAUUGUUAAUAUAACGAACGAUAUUUCGCAUUGAAUGAAGUAAAAUAUCCAAGAUGAGGAUCAUAUAUUUACUACUAAUCGUCGCCGUCUGUGCAGUGAGUGCGAAAUACUUACCUUACGAAACGAAUCCACUUUCAAGGUCUCUAUUAUCACAUCAUGAUGAAUCGUCAUCGUCUUCAGAGACUAAAGAAGAUAAUGAAAGCGAAGUGGAUUCUAGGGAAAGCAAGAUUCAGGAAGAAAAUCUGAAGAGACUAGAAAAAAUUGAGGAGGAAAGGAGAAGACAACAUGAAAAGCAAGUUGAAUACGAACGUAAACAGCUAGAAAGACAAGCUGAACAGCAGCGUAAACAAGCUGAAUACGAACGUAAACAACAAGAAAGGCAGGCUGAACGUGAACGCAAGGAGCAAGAACGUUUAGAUAAAGAAAAACGCAAACAAGAGGAGCGAGCCCGCAAAGAAGAAGAGAAAGCACUGAAGGCCGAAAAGAAGCGGGCAGAAGAAGAACGUAAACGUCAAGAAAAGAUUCAGAAACAAUUAGACAAAUUAGAAAAGGAAACUCUUGAAAAAGAACAGAACUUGCAGGAAGCCAUCGAAUCAGCUGAACAAGAUGAUGAGGUCGACCUCGAUGACAUCUGGAAGAUCUACGUUUACGAAAAGUAUGGCUUAACCGGACUUAGCACCGGUCUUGAAAGGAAAGUUGCGCUUAGCCGAUUCUUCACGGAAGAGCUGGGCCUGAAUACAAACAGCACUAAGAGCGAGAGGCGCCAAGCUAUCACAAACUUUGUUCAGACCAAGAUCUACGAAGAUAUUGCCACGCUGACUGCCUGGAGGAACCAUUUGGAAUUAUACUUGAACGCAAUAACCGUCCAAUCUGUACGAGCAGAGCUAGAAGAGAAAGUUGAAAAACUUGAAAAUAAGACGGCUUUAUUGCAAACCGUAGCUGCACCCUGGACAGCGGUAGCGCAACAGGAAAUCGAUGAAAAGAAAACUUUACUCCAGUCUGUUGCUCAGCUGUUAUCAAAUCUUCUUCCAAACUGGGUACCCACUGAUUCAUCUGCAAAUGGCGUAGUUGCUGGUGGUGCAGCCUCUGGACCAGCUGGUGCGGUUAACUCUGCUGACGCUGCCUCUGGUGCGGCUGGUGCUGCCAACUCUGCCUCUGGUGCGGCUGGUGCUGCCAACUCUGCUGGCGCUGCCUCUGGUGCAGCUGGUGCUGCCAACUCUGCUGGCGCUGCCUCUGGUACGGCUGGUGCUGCCAACUCUGCCUCUGGUGCGGCUGGUGCUGCCAACUCUGCUGGCGCUGCCUCUAGUGCGGCUGGUGCUGCCAACUCUGCCUCUGGUGCGGCUGGUGCUGCCAACUCUGCUGGCGCUGCCAACUCUGAUGACGCUGCCUCUGGUGCGGCUGGUGCUGCCAACUCUGCUGGUGGUGCCUCUGGUGCGGCUGGCGCUGCCAACUCUGCUGACGCUACUUCUGGUGCGGCUGGUGCUGCCAACUCUGCUGGCACUGCUUCUAGUGUGGCUGGUGCUACCAACUCAGUUGACGCUGCCUCUGGUGCGGCUGGUUCUGCUAACUCUGCCGACGCUGCCUCUGGUGCGGCUGGUGCUGCCAACUCUGCUGGCACUGCCUCUAGUGUGGCUGGUGCUACCAACUCUGCCGACGCUGCCUCUGGUGCGGCUGGUGCUGCCAACUCUGCUGGCACUGCCUCUAGUGUGGCUGGUGCUACCAACUCUGCCGACGCUGCCUCUGGUGCGGCUGAUGCUGCCAACUCUGCUGACGCUGCCUCUAGUGUGUCUGGUGCUACCAACUCUGCUGACGCUGCCGCCACUGGCGCUGACGCUGCUGCCCCCGCUGGCGCUGAAGCCUCUACCGCCACUGGCGCUGCUGCUACUGCUGGCGCUGACUCUGCUGCCCCCGCUGGCGCUGACGCUGCUGCCCCUGCUGGCUCUGACGCCUCUGCUGCUGCUGGCACUGACGCUGCUGUCCCUGCUGGCUCUGACGCCUCUGCUGCUGCUGGCACUGACGCUGCUGCCCCUGCUGGCACUGACGCUGCUGCCCCUGCUGGCACUGACGCCUCUGCUGCUGCUGGCACUGACGCUGCUGCCCCUGCUCUGACGCCUCUGCUGCUGCUAGCGCUGACGCUGCUGCCCCUGCUGGUUCUGACGCCUCAGCUGCUGCUGGCGCUGACGCUGCUGGCCCUGCCGCCACUGGCGCUGACGCUGUUGCCCCCGCUGGCGCUGACGCCUCUACCGCCAUUGGCGCUGCUGCCUCCGCUGGCGCUGACACUACUGCCCCCGCAGGCGCAGACGCUGCUGCCCCUGCUGGCUCUGACGCCUCUGCUGCUGCUGGAGCUGACGCUGCUGCCCCCGCUGGCACUGACGCCUCUACCGCUGCUGGCGCUGACGCUGCAGCCUCCGCUGGCACUGACGCCUCUACCGCUGCUGGCGCUGACGCUGCAGCCUCAGCUGGCGCUGACGCUUCUGCCCCCGCUGGCGCUGACGCUGCGACCCCUGCUGGCUCUGACGCCUCUGCUGCCGCUGGCGCUGACGCUGCUGCCCCUGCUGUCUCUGAUGCCUCUGCUGCUGCUGGAGCUGACGCUGCAGCACCCGCUGGCUCUGACGCCUCUGCUGCUGCUGACGCUGCUGCCCCUGCUGGCACUGAUGCCUCUGCUGCCGCUGGCGCUGACGCUGCUGCCCCUGCUGGCACUGACGCCUCUACUGCCGCUGGCGCUGACGCUGCUGCUCCUGCUACCCGCUGGCUCUGACGCCUCUGCUGCGGCUGACGCUGCUGCCCCUGCUGGCACUGAUGCCUCUGCUGCCGCUGGCGCUGACGCUGCUGCCCCUGCUGGCACUGACGCCUCUACUGCCGCUGGCGCUGACGCUGCUGCCCCUGCUGGCACUGACGCCUCUGCUGCCGCUGGCGCUGACGCUGCUGCCCCUGCUGGCACUGACGCCUCUACCGCCGCUGGCGCUGACGCUGCAGCACCCGCUGGCGCUGACGUCGCUGCUCCCGCCGACGCCGCAGCACCCGCCGACGUCGCUGGUCCCGCCGACGUCGCUGCUCCCGCCGACGUCGCUGCUCCCGCCGACGUUGCUGCUUCCGCCGACGCCGCUGCUCCCGCCGACGCCGCUGCUCCCGCCGACGCCGCUGCUCCCGCCGACGCCGCUGCUCCCGCCGACGCCGCUGCUUCCGCCGACGCCGCUGCUCCCACUGACGCUUCUGCUCCCGCUGAGGCUGCUGCUCCCGCUGACGCCGCUGCCGCUGCCAGUACUGAUGCUGCUGCUCCCGCUGUCACUGACGGCUCCGCUCCUGCUGGCGCUGACACGGCUACCCCGGCAGCCGCAGAGUCUGUUGAUGCUGCGACUUCCGAUGCAGCUGCCUCUGGGCCCGCUGCCAUCACCGAAAAUAUUGUUGCUGGCGCUGAUACCACUUUGGCACCUGAGGCUGCCGCUACAAAUGACGCUGCCACCGAAGCUUCACCAUCUGAAGGGUCCGGUGCUGAACCUGCUCCUAGCGCAGGUGUUGAAAAUGCUGGCAGUGUAGCCACCGAAGGCCCAGUGGAAAUUCAAAAUGAAUCCGUUACAUCUCAGCAAGCUGUUGAAGUGACGGAAGGGCCUGUUGAUGUAGUAACGGGAGCGCCUGUGGAGCAAAGCACGAACGAGGUUGUCACAUCUGAAUCUCCGGUUACUUUGUUAGACAUUCUUUCUGGACCAGUGACUGAGGCUAUUGAGGCUGCACCGGAGACGGCUGCGCCUGUUGAGGUUGUACAAAAGAUUGACGUUGUCCCCGUCCCAGUAGAAGUGGGCGCGACUGUUGUUGAAAUUACGCCACAGUGAAUUGAGCGCGGAACAUUGGCUCCGAUUGUAACACAUAU